GUCUAAAAUGGAAAACAUGAGUACUUAAACCUCAGACUGUAGGCAUAAAGCAAAUUAGCAUAAGGACUACAUUGCCCGGUGCUACACUGGUACACGGGCGCCUACAAUUCUCCUGACGUUAUCACUCUGCGACCAGUCGUUUACGCGACGUACACAGCAAUGGCGAGCGGUAAAAAGAGUGCUCUGCUCUCCUCUUUGGCAGACUAUGGAGACGAUUCAGAGCCCGACUCUGAGCCCGAGCAGGAGGAGGCAGGGCGUGGAGGAGGUCUGGUCUAUGGCUAUGGUGAUGAUGACUUGACCCGCAUCGAGGACCCAGAUGACAAAGUGUCUGGAGAUGAAGAGAGCGGGGAAAGCAUCUCGGAAAUGGAAGAAUCUGACGAGGAGAGGGACGCAGAUGAUGUUGAGAUCUCAGAAGCUGAAAAGAAGGACCCCAAUGAGCUAGUUGCUCUGUUCUCAGAGAAAGUGAGGAACAUGUCACCUGAUGAGAUAAGGAUCCCCCCUGAGCCCCCUGGACGCUGCUCGAGCCAACUACAGGACAAGAUCCACAAGCUGUAUGAGAGGAAGCUCCAUGGAGAUUUUGACACAAACAGCCACAUCCAGAAAAAGAAGGAAUUUAGAAACCCAAGCAUUUAUGAGAAGCUCAUUCAGUUCUGCAGUAUCGAUGAACUGGGAACUAACUACCCAAAAGAUAUGUUUGAUCCUCAUGGCUGGUCAGAGGACUCUUAUUAUGAAGCUUUAGCCAAAGCCCAGAAAGUAGAGAUGGACAAGCUGGAAAAAGCCAAGAAGGAGCGGACAAAGAUUGAAUUUGUCACGGGGACUAAGAAGGGCACCAACCCCUCAAACACAGCUGCCUCCACCACCAGCAGCACCACCACCACCACAGCCACAGAGGCCCAGAAGAGGAAAAGCAAGUGGGACUCUGCAAUCCCCGUGACCCUGGCCCAGCCCACCAUCAUCACUACCACCGCGACCCUACCUGCCGUCGUCUCCGUGACGACCACUGCCAGCGGCACCAAGACCACUGUCAUCUCUGCAGUAGGCACCAUCCUUAAGAAAGCAAAGCAGUAAAUACAGAGCGGGCACAAUCAUGUUUGUCUGUAAGAGAGCGCGACCGAAACAUGACAGACAUGAAGCUGGAAGACUUGUGCUGUCCUGUCAUUAUACAUGUAAAAAGAUGCAGAUAGAGGACAAAUGAACUACUGGGGACACGAUGUACUUUUUUUUUUCUAGAACCAACCUAAAAAUGUCCUCUGCUGCACGUGGAUCAUGGACUGAUCCAAAGACUUUACUGCCUUUUUUUCCCCCCCCGGGAUUGAAUCUGCACUGUCGCAUCAUAAAGCCAAAUUGACGGUUUGGUAGAACACUCAUAGGUCCUCUGAAAAUCUGAAUGUGUGAUGCUUGCAGAUCUCAUGCUGAUAAAACCUGUCUGUCACUCAACAUUAGUUUAAAACAGCUGAGGAAAUGAAGUGUACGGCAAUGUCAAUGAGAAAAAGGUAGAUAUCUGAAAAUGUGUUUAUUUUUCUAUUCAUAGUUCCGGGUCAGUAUGUCCGUGCUUGUAACAGUUGUGUAAUACCUCAACAUGUGCAUCAGUUUUUUUAGCAUAUUUUCCCCCCCUUCCUUGGCAUAUUGACAUCUCCAUCGUAAGAUUUUUUACACUUGUACAUAUAUUGAUGAUAAGGUGAAUAAAUGGAUCAGAUGUUGCCUUUUCA